AACAAAAAUACGAGAUUUUACACACAAAAAAAUGGAAAAGGAAUGAAUCUUUUGUUAUUGGUGUUAAGAUUGAGUCAAACUUAACAAUUUGGCAAAAUUUGGACGGCCAGCGUAGCGUUUUCUUGAGCGCCAGGGAAAAGAAAGGAAGAAGAAGGGUUGAUUUAAUUUGUCUUUGGCUUCUUCUAUUGUGCACAAAUUGAAUCCUCCCAAAUUGAUGAAAUGAGAAGGAAAGCACGCGAAUGGGGUGGUGAUUUGAUGAGCUAUGGAAAUGAAAAGAGCUGCUUUGUCCAUUGCUUCUGUAACAUUGAUUUUGGUAUUAGCCAUGGCGAGCCUGGAAGGCAGGAGAGCAUUGGGAGGGAUUUGGGCGGAUGAAGGUGGCGGCAGGGCGCCUCCGGAAGUGAACAAAGAAAUGGCAAUGCAGACAUUUAUUUAUUGCAGGAAAUAUUUGAUUGAAAAGGAAGGUGCUAGUAAAGAUGUCAAUCCACGUAUCCAACAACAAGCAACCAGAAAUUUGCAAUCAGCAUUACUUCCAGAAAGGAAUAUAUAUGAACUCAUCAGUCUUCUUCCUCCACAAGUAAAAGAAAUAUUUUUGGUUUGUUUAAGAGAGAAAGAUCUUGUGUUUCAAGAUUCUGGUCCAGAGGCUAUCUUUAGCUGGUGCAUGGAAUUUGUUGAGUUUGUUUUAAACUCGCCAAAUGCUCCUAGAAGAUAUCUGCUCAGUGAUUUAAGUCAACAGGAUUCAGGCACUCCCAUACUAGCUCUGGAAUCAGCACCAGAAACAGAACUUAGCCAAGAUCUAGAAAAAUCAUAUUUGGCACCUACAAGCUAUCUAUCUGCAAGGACACACCACUCUGACACAGCAUUAUAUCAGUUGCUCCUUAUAUCAAAUAAGGCAUCCUCUUCAGAAUCUGAAGAUACUAAAGGUUCAAAAUCUAAGCCACCAUCUUCAUCCAAUAAACCUUCUCCUCCUGGUGCCAAAGGAAAUAGUGCUUCUAGUGAGCCAUCUGAUGAAUCUGGAGCUCCAAAAACCAAGCUAAAGCCAUUUUUCUGGGACAAGGUUCUUGCCAGUCCAGGCCACUCAAUGGUUUGGGAUGAGAUUAGUGGUGGAUCAUUCCAGUUCAAUGAGGAGAUGAUAGAGAGUUUAUUUGGUUAUACCGUGGAUCACCACAAAAAUGAUCAAAGGAAAGAUUUGUCUCAGUAUAUUAAGAUUAUCGACCCAAGGAAAGCACAAAACUUGUCUAUUCUUCUACGAGCACUGAAUGUCACAACAGCAGAAGUUGUGGAUGCUCUCCAAGAAUGUAAUGAGCUUCCAACGGAGCUUCUUUCAACUUUGUUGAAAAUGGCACCAACGCAGGAUGAGGAACUAAAGCUUCGGUUAUACACAGGUGAUCUCUCUCUACUAGGUCCUGCAGAGCGGUUCCUAAAAGUCUUGGUUGAGAUACCAUUUGCCUUUAAACGUAUAGAGUCGCUGCUCUUCAUGUCUUCACUAGAGGACGAGUUUUCUAGCGUUAAAGACUCCUUUAAAACUCUCGAGGUAGCUUGUGACAAACUUAAAAGCAGCAGACUAUUCCUUAAACUUUUAGAAGCAGUGCUUAAAACUGGUAACCGUAUGAAUGAUGGAACCUAUCGUGGUGGUGCAUCAGCAUUUAGGCUUGACACACUUUUGAAGUUGUCUGAUGUAAAAGGAACAGAUGGUAAGACCACACUCCUGCACUUUGUUGUUCAGGAGAUUAUCCGUACUGAGGGAAUAAAAGCUAUUCGGGCAUUAAAAUCGAACCAAAGUAUUUCUAGUUCAAAGUCGGUGGAUUUAGUUGAAGAUCCUAACCAACACACGGAAGAAUGCUACUUCAACCUCGGUCUUCAAGUGGUUUCAGUUUUAAGCAGUGAACUUCAAGAUGUUAAAAAAGCAGCAGUUAUUGAUGCUGAUGCCUUGACCACCGCUGUGUUAAAACUUAACAGUUCACUGUCAAAAAUUAGAGAAUUCUUGAACAAUGAUAUGAAGAAUAUGAAUGAGGAAUGCGAGUUUGUUGUUGCACUAUCAAGCUUUAUUGACAAAACAGAUGCUGAUAUAAGAUGGCUAUCAGUAGAAGAAAAGAGAAUCAUGGUCCUGAUCAAGAGCACAGCAGAUUACUUUCAUGGAAAUUCAGGAAGGGAUGAAGGCUUGCGUUUGUUUGCAAUUAUACGUGAUUUCUUGAUGAUGGUAGACAAAGUAUGUAAUGAAGUUCGUGAAGCAAGAAUGAAGCAUAACAAGACUUCCAAGAAAGAGAAAGAGGCCGCAUCAGUGUCAGCUUGUCCAGACAACCGGCCACCAAUUUCUUCAGAUAAGCGGCAUCCAUUCAAAGACAUGCGUGAACGUUUAUUUCCAGCAAUCCAAGACCGACGAAUGGAAAGUUCCAGUUCAGAUGAUGAGAGCCCCUGACCUUCGUUGUCAAUUUAGAAAGGAUCAGAAAGAGAAGCUUCUGAGUUUCACUAUAGUCUCUGCUUGUGAGAUCGUUUUGUCAAUUUGUUCUUGUAAAUAGAAAGUCAUUGAGAGGGGGAUGAAUUCCAUGCCAUUUAGGGUUUUCCCCAAGGCAAAAAGUUUCAUUUGUACAGAAAAAAAAUUUCCAAGCAAUACAUCAUUGCAGUUAUCACCAUAUUUCCACAAAUGACAGUUUGUCAUUAGUCUUACUUUGUGGGGGUAAUCCGUGUCUUCUUCAUGUUUAAAAGCUUGGCUCGAACGUUGAUUUGCAGUUCCUUGUAUAUUGCUUUAAUUAAUUCAUGAACAGCUU